GGGCAGCGAAUGAGGCGCGGCGGCUGUGGCCCAGGUCGCCUCCCCCCGGCUUCUCGAACCCUGCCCAGUCCGACCCGAGGGGGGAGGAUGGAAACACCAGCCGCGCUCUGAGCUCCUCAGGAAGAGAACACCUUUCCCGCCACCUCACCCCGCGGUCCACGAGUCCACCUCCCAGAGCGGGCCGAGCGGAAGAGCGAGCGAUGGCAGACAACCUGAGGAGACUGGUCUCCAACGAAGCUUUGCGGUCUUUGCAGGACAAGCUACAGUCCUGGCUGAGGGAGUACAACGCGAACUCAUGUGAUCAAAAUCUCAAUCACUGCCUCGAACUCAUUGAGCAAGUUGCCAAAGUGCAGGGGCAACUCUUUGGGAUCCUCACUGUAGCAGCCCAAGAAGGAGGACAUUAUGAUGGCGUGGAAACAAUCAAAUCGCGCCUUUUGCCUUGGCUGGAGGCCUCCUUCACAGCUGCUUCCCUGGGAAAACCUGUGGACAGCAAGGUCCCUUCUCUACAGGAUACAUUCGAUAAGGACAGACAUAAAGAGCCUGGUAUUUGGGACAUACAACCUUUAGAUGCUGAUUUGAGUGCAACUCGUAAUCAACUCAACCAGGUUCAAGACGAUAUGGCUGAGACUGAAAAGACUCUUGAAGAACCCAAGAACAGAUCUGCCAUAUCCCUUUUGGCUGCAGAAGAGGAAAUAAAUCAGCUGAAAAAGCAGCUUAAAUCUCUUCAAGCCCAGGAAGAAUCCCGCCACAGAAACUCAGAUCGAAGGAGAUCAGAGAAGCGGGGCUCCGAGCGGAGGAGAGUGGAGCUGCGGGGCUCGGAGCAGUGGGUCUCUGACAAGCGGAGCGCAGACAAGCGGAACGCAGAAGCCGUGUGCGAUUAUGAGAAACAGCUCCGAACGCUGAAGGACGAGAUAGCUGUUCUGUCUGCUGAAAAAUCUGUACUCCAAGGAAGGUCCGCCAGGAGCCGGUCUCCCAGCCCUGCCCCUUGCAGCCGCAGUCACAGCCGCAGCCACAGCCGCAGUCACAGCCACAGCCGCAGUCACAGCCACAGCCGCAGUCACAGCCGAAGCAGAUCGGCCAGCCCCUCCUCUGCCAAGGCCAGGACCCCGUCCCCGAAUCGCGCCAAACUGUCCAGCGUGGCGCGCAAAGCCGCCCUGCUCUCCCGGUUCAGCGAUGCCUACUCCCAGGGCCGCCUGGAUGCGCAGUGCCUGCUGCGGCGCUGUAUCGACAAGGCCGAGACGGUGCAGCGCAUCAUCUACAUCGCGACCGUGGAGGCGUUCCAUGUGGCCAAAAUGGCAUUCAGACACUUCAAGAUCCGCGUGAGGAAAUCACUGACACCGUCUUGCGCAGGGUCAAAUGACUUUGAGGAUGCUGUCUCGGAUUAUAUCAUCUGUCAUCUUGAUCUAUAUGAUUCCCAAAGCAGUGUUAAUGAUGUGAUCCGAGCCAUGAAUGUCAAUCCCAAGAUUUCAUUCCCUCCUGAAGUUGACUUUUGCCUCCUCAGUAACUUCAUCCAGGAGAUAUGUUGCAUUGCCUUUGCAAUGCAGACUUUAGAACCACCCCUAGAUAUUGCAUUUGGGGCCGAUGGAGAAAUUUUCAAUGAUUGCAGGUACCGUCGAAGCUAUGACUCCGAUUUCACGGCCCCCUUGGUCUUCUAUCACGUGUGGCCUGCUCUCAUGGAGAAUGACUGUGUCGUCAUGAAGGGAGAAGCUGUCACCAAGAGAGGGGCUUUUUGGAAUUCAGUACGACCUAUAAGUCGAUGUCGAAGCAGGAGUUUGAGCCCCAUCUGCCCUCGUUCCCGUAUUGGUUUAGGCAUGAUAUCUCGAAGCCGGAGUCCUUCUCCGAUAAGAUGUGGAUUGCCAAGGUUUUAAAACCACCAGCCACGUUCCUCUGCCCAGGACACCUACAAUGGCCAGCUUACCCAGUGCUUCCGCCUUCCUGCUGUGUUGCCUCAGACCUCACCUAAGCUAAUGUGACAAGGCAAUUCUGUGUAUCACUUCACACAGAGAGUUAAAUGUUUUGGCUUAGUGCAUUUGUAACUGCAGAUAUAUUGCAUUUUAUUUUAUUUUUAUAGAUACAGAUUCCAUUAAUUUGAUAAAAACUAUUGCCUAGGUGUUUAGGAUCAUAUUCAUUUGAAGCAAAGUCCAUUAUACAGGUUCAGGAUUCUCAACCUGAAACACGAGGCUCUUUUAUAACAGCUAAAGUGGAAAACUUUUACUGUGCUAUGUCCAAAAGACAAGAAAAGUCAUUUCAAUUUGCAGACUGAUCAUAAAUAUUAUAAUUGGUGGUUUUAGAUUUAGCUGGAAAACAAUCUGGGCUGUUUUUAUUUUCUUUGGGGACUUGGAAGACAGCCCCAGUCUCAAGUUGGGGAACUUAUAGCAUAACAGGGACUUCAGGCUACAUGUACAUGAUGAUGACUUAGGAAAAUAUAGUUCAUUGGUUGGCUUCUCUUUUCCUACUUUCAAGUGCCUGGUUUGGUUUAGUUGAGCACUGUUGGUUGAAGCUACUUACUUGAGAGAGUUCUCUUGCUUCAUAAAUGUGGAGUGGUGAUUUGGGUAGAAGUUAACUUGGAGACUAUAUGUUAGUUACCUUGUGUUUAUCUCCUGGGAAUGUUUCUGAAUGAACUUUUAAUGUACAUGUUAAAUAAAAAAGCUACAUCCUGA